AUGUCCAAGAGAUCGGCGGAUGCUGCGGACGAGCAGUCGGCUGCGCUGAAGGCCGGCGAGCGCCCAAUGGUCGACGCGCCCGCGGACGAGGUGGGCGAGUUUGAGGAUGAGUUCGAAGACGAAUUCGAGAGCGAGGACGAGAUACUCGAAGCGGGUGUCGAUGGUCGCCCCGAUGCUGAACGGGAGGAGGAAGAGCGAGAGGCUAUGGAUGUCGACAAACAGACCUUCAUUCCUGGACGGACGAAAUUGGCACCCGGAGAGACCCUCUCGCCCGACCCCUCCACGUACGAUAUGUUGCACACGCUGAGCGCGCCUUGGCCUUGUCUGUCUUUUGACAUUGUGCGCGACUCGCUCGGUGAUAACCGAAAGACUUUCCCCGCCACAGUCUAUGCGGUUGCAGGUACACAGGCCGAGGGCUCUCGCGCCAAGGACAACGAAUUGAUGGUUCUCAAGAUGAGCAGCCUGAGCAAGAUGGAGCGGGAAGGAGAAGAGUCUGACGAGGAGUCCGACUCCGACGACGAUAUGGGCGAGCCCAUUCUCGAGCACAAGUCGAUCCCUCUGGGCUCAACGACCAACCGCAUUCGCUGCCACCAGACUCCGUCACAGUCGGCCGAUUACUCCAAACCUCCGCAGACCUUGACUGCGACCAUGCUCGAAAAUUCCCAGGUUCUCAUUCACGACGUCACAGCCCAUCUCGCCAGCUUCGAUGUCCCCGGAACAGUCCUGCCUCCCUCAGCCUCCAAGCCUCUGUCUACGCUUCGCAUGCACAAGGCCGAGGGCUAUGCCCUGGACUGGUCACCACUGCAGCCCCUCGGUAAACUCCUGACUGGUGACAACGACGGACUGAUCUAUGUGACAACGCGGACUGAAGGUGGAGGCUGGGUGACGGACAACCGACCUUUCACCGGCCAUCAAUCGUCUGUGGAGGAGCUCCAGUGGUCACCAAACGAGAAAAACGUAUUCGCGUCUGCCAGCAGUGAUGGUAGUGUCAAGGUCUGGGAUGUGCGUUCCAAGUCUCGGAAGCCGGCUGUAGACGUGCACAUUUCGAAUACCGAUGUCAACGUCAUGAGCUGGUCGAAUCAGACCUUCCAUCUGCUGGCAACCGGUGCAGACGAUGGGCAAUGGGCGGUCUGGGACUUGCGCCACUGGAAACCCAACAACGCCGGGCGAAUCCGUGCCUCGCCGGUGGCCUCGUUCGACUUUCACAAGGAGCCGGUCACCAGUAUCGAGUGGCACCCGACGGACGACAGUGUUGUGGCAGUUGGAUCUGCUGACAAUACCGUCACUCUGUGGGAUCUGGCUGUCGAGCUGGAUGAUGAAGAGUCUCGACAGGCAGGAAUGGCGGAUAUUCCCCCACAGCUUCUCUUCGUUCACUACAUGGAGUCAGUCAAGGAGGUGCAUUGGCAGAAGCAGAUGCCGGGUACGCUUAUGGCAACUGGUGGUAAUGGCUUCAGUGUUUUCAAGACUAUCAGUGUCUAG